UCGUCCCGCCGUAUUCGUCAAGGAGCGUCGGCGACGUUCGCGAAUGCGUCGGUCACGCCAGGUUCGAUCGUAAUUCGAAUCCCCGGACCGCCCGACUUUCAAGCCGGAGGGAUUCCGUGCGGCGCCUAAAGUUAGAUCGCCGGUUAGAACCAGGGCUGUGGAGGGGCGAAGUGAAGCGAGGAAGGAAGAAGAGGAAGUUGGGUGUACCUCGUGUGAACUGCCGAAGACGUCCAAUAGAAGAAGAAGAGCAGAAGGGGAGAAGGAAGACGGGAAGUCCUCGUGACCGCUGCGAUUCGGCGACGGUUAUCAAUCUGUAAGAUCGAUUCUCGAUUACCGGAGGAUUGCUCGUGGCAUAUCGAGGGCGCAAUAGCGCCGGCCGUUGUCGACGUAGCGUCGUGUCCUUCGGGAGCAGAGAGCCUCAGAAGACGCAGGAACGCGAAAACAGAGCAGAUUGGUGCGCGCGCGAAUUUGGCGCUCACUAGCCUUCGUGACGGUUAUAGUGCACGCGGUCCAGCAACAGUUUGCGAUAUAGCGACAUCGGCGAGCCAGCGAGAGCUAAAUGGCACCGCGCAGACAGGCGAAGCAGGCGGAGAGCGUCGUGGCUGCCGCCGACGGCAACGUGACGCCGCCGAAGAAAAGGAAAACUGCGGCGAAAUCGGAGGUAACGGAUGAGCCGAAGCAGGCCAGGGUCGCGGGGAAUCGGCAAACGAAGGCGGACAAUCAAGAGCAUGAAAUGGCUAGCGAGUCGACGAGUUCGUCGAGGGAGUUACGCCGUAGGCCCGCGGCCACGGUGGCGCCAAAGGACAUUGUCACCGCUGCCGUGAAGAGCAAGUCCAAGAAACAAGUCAAUAAACAACAGGAAGAUGAGACGAUUGAAAAUAAUAAUACGAGCGAGAAGGUCGCAGUAAAAAAAAAGACGCGCGAUAGUAAGGCCGCGGCGGCGAAAAAGGCGGGAACCAAGACGGCUGCAGCAAAGUCAAAGUCUAAAUCACCUGCUAGAAAACAGAAGGCUGCAGUUGAAAACGGCGCUGGAGAUCCCGAAGAAAAGAACAUUGGAAAGAGUCCUGCAAAGAAACGAACAGCAAAAAAGCCUCAUCGUCUCGUCAAGGUGCUAGAGCAGGGCGAUGCGUCAUCACAACCCGCCACAAAGACGUCCAGGAAACGUAAAAAUGUAGAGGAUACAAAUGAAGCUGUCACAGAGUCUGGAAAUAUUGGGGAAAUCAUCAUUGAGGAGGAGGAAGAAAAAGAAGAGGAGAAUAAAGCAAAGACAGUCGCAGCCAGCAAGAAAUCGCGUACAGCAAAGAAAGCAGAAACUGAUGCCCCCAAGGCAACAUCCAAAGGAAAAUCCAAGAAGAAUACUGCUAAAUCAUCUCCAGAAGAGACAGUAACCGAGGAACAGAAUGUAACGCAGCAGGAAGAUAAUCCAAAAUCAAAAAAUAUCAGGACUGCAAAAAAGGGGAAUACGAAGACAACUUCCAGAGGAAAACGUAAUCCUGUAGCAGAAAAGGCAAAUGAUGAUCAAGCACAGGAAGCAGCAAUGCCUGAAGUGGAUAUCAAAGAAAAUGGAGAGACACAGGCAGUAGAGCUUAAACAAAAGAAGAAAAACGCGGGAAAAGUAAUGAAUGGCAAAACUGAAACAAAAGGAAAACAGAAGAAAGGAAAAGCAGCUGCUGUAGCUGUCGAUGAGUUAAUCAAGGAUGAAACUGUUGAAAAGGAAAAUACAGAAACGAAAGAAGACGAGGAUUAUAUAUUAAAUAUUCCCUCGAGCACAAAUGAUGGCAUCUCACAGAAUAAGGAAGUAGGAGAUGAAAUUGAUGAGAGUAUAUUCUCGAUACAAAAUGAUGAAACGCUCAAGUUGCAAAAAGAUGAAGAAAUGGAUAGAUCAGAAACCUCUUCGUGCUUUUAAAAAAAAAAGUUAUUAAGGGAUACAAUGGCAAGUUAGAAAUUAAAGAGAAGUAUCAAUAAUGUUUUAUAUUCGACUAAUAGAUACAUAAAAAACGGGCUAGGAGAGGGAGGAAUGUUUUAAUAUAUUUAUCAUAAUAUUUUGCAACAAGAACGAUCAAGUCUUAAGUUCCUAAUUCAACACUGUAGUCUCUAUCUGAGGCAACAAUGUUGAAUUGGAAAUCUUAAUUCUGAGGAUAUUUAUUUUUUUUCUUUUUUGUUAGGGAAGAAACGAAAAAUAUACCCUACACACAAAAGUUCACAUCGUCGUUUGCAUUAUUGUAUAAUGGCUUCGUAAUGGGUAUAACAAAAUGAUAUCCGAAAAAAUAUUUCAAACGAAACAUAUUUUCUGAAAGGUGUUUUUUAUCAGGAACGUUUAAUAUCGGAUUCUCAGCUGUACAUCAAUGACGUACACGUAGUGCCAUAAUAAGAAAGUUUGAUAGGAUUCGUACGGAAUUCUUGAUUUCUGCUCGGGCAGCAUCUGCUAAAAUCUAAGAAGUAAAAUUUACUAUUAUAUAUAAAUAAAUAUUUAUAUGUAUAAUAAUAAGAGUACUAAUGAUAAUAAUUGAUAGCAAUUAAUAUUAUAAUGUACAUUGUGCUAUGACAAAUUUUAGUAUCUUGGAUGAAAACGCAGGCAAUAAGAAGAUAAACAUCUUUCUACUGCUGCCCGUGUAGGAGUUAAGUGCGUUAUAUAUUUUUCUAAAAGAAUAAAUAAUACUUGUAAUACAUAGACACAUACUCAUCAUUUCCGUUCUCUAGUCCUGUAGUUUUAUAUUUAUAUCUUGUUAACGCAGUUAAUUACAAUAAUCUUUAACACAUCUUUAAAAAUAUUGAGUUACCGGUUUCAAACUUACAGGCUAUAAGGAAACUUUGAUGUCGAACGGAUUUUUUGGAUGUUCCUUUUUUUUAUUCGCAGAGACUACAAUGCUUAAAUUCUUGAGACUAAUUAAUAAAAUGUACAUUUUUUAGGGAAGACUACAUAAUUCUGGAUAAAUUUUCACAUUCGUUUGCAUUUUGAUUAAUGCAAGAUGAGAAAAUAUUCAGAUAUCAAAUAAUGACAUACAAAUUGACAUAAAAAGUUCAGGAAAUUUUCUAUGCUUACGAAAGAUAGAGUGACCAGCUGUCUAUAUGAUAAAACAUUGUAACAUUACAAGCGUUCUGUUCAAUAAUAUCAUGUAUGAGUAAUGCAUUUAUUUAUGGAUAUUUCAUUGAGACAUUUAACAACAUGCGAAGUACAUGUAUUUGUUUCUAUAAUGUUAAUAUUCCAUAUUAUAUAAUCACC